AUCUGGCAUUCCCAUUCGAUAUUAGUUAACAUUCCUUUCGGCUCGGAACUCAAAAUUUUCUGUGAUUUCGGCCAGUUAUCGAAAUUUAAUAAAAAAUAUUUAAUUCGCCGAGAUGGUUGUAUUUGGUGCCUCGCCUCAAAAGAGAUCGGGACGCGUUCCGUCGUCAAAACUCACUCCAGUUUCUGCAUCGAAAUCUAAAAUUGGAUCCGCUACCCUUCUGGCAGCGGGUCGUCCUACGCGGAGAAGGCCAGCGAUCGGCAGUAGUGGAGCGGCGAAGCGAACCUCUGCCGGUGCGCUAACCAAUCUGGGUGGACGGCUGGCCAGUGCGCCAAGCCUGGGCAUGUUCCAUAGUUCCAAUUUACUUGCGGACCCAAAGGCACAAAAAACAGCUCUUCGCCACCCACCGAUACCGCCGCCACGACCUCUCCGCCGAGCUGCCGCCGUUUCUGCUCUGCAAGCCACCUCUGCACCCGCCAUUGGACUUGCUGCCAAGGCAUCUGGUGCCGGGCCAGUACAUUCCGCCAUCCCAAUAGCUCCAGCUAUCCCUCUUCAGACGUUGCUUCCCAAGAAGAGUGCGCUAUCCAAGCGGGCAUUGAGCGGAGGAAAGGCUCCGGAUACGAGUAACCAGACCAAGCGGCGCGUCAAGUUUUCAACCAAUGUGAGUGCACAAUCGACGGAUACAAACAUCACUGCCAAGAAGUCGGUCAGAAUUGGGGAACUUCAGCAGAAGAAGCGGGUCAAGAAACUGAAACGGAUUCGAUCGCGACGGGAAGGUGGUCACGGUGGCAGUGGCAUAACACCGAUCACUAGUGGCAUACUUACCACAAGCCCCCAGGAUAUUACCAAACACGGGACCAUUGUUGAUGUGGAACCCUUGACUCCAACACCACCAGCACCCCGUAUUUUGCGCCUCAACGUUGUGGGUAAAUCUUCACCGGCUACAGGGAAAUCUUCACUUCCAACCGCUCUUCGUCGGAAGGUCAAGAGAACUAGAUCAUCUGUGGUGCAGCAGAAAGCCGCAACAGGAGCAGUAGAAACGACAGCGAAAACAGGCAGCGUCACAAGGAUCAGGAGAAGUGUCAAGACUAGACCAAAGGUGAAGACCAGUAAGAUUGGUGCCGGCAGCAAACAUACAUUGCUGGAAACUAGUACCCAUUCGGUGGUGGGCAGCAGUGCGGGAUUAGUGACGCGCAAGAAAACAGUGCCGACAACUGGGGUUAAGCGACGGACAAAAGCACAGCCUAUCAAUGGGAGCCGAAGCUAUGGAAAAGCCUGAGGGGAAGGACGAUCAGCCUGAGAAUUCUGCGGAGAAUCCGCAGCAACUGACGUCUUCGCCGCAGCCGCAGCAGAAUCAAAUGCAGAAACGUGCCCGUAGUGCUUCACCCGAUGGAGGCGAUACUGCUUGGGAGAGACCGCCGGUGGCACCAAAUUCACCAGUUCGUGUGAAGAAGCGGGUAAUCAUCAUCUAGCUCAUCGUUCGACACUCUUGUCCGUCCUGUCAUCCGCUAGGCGAGUCACAAAAUAGAUUCCAACUUAGCUGAUUCGAUAGGAAUUUUUGGCGGGGCGCCCAGGCGCAACCGAGGCAGCCGCCAAAAUGAGACACAUCACUCUCAGUAUUCGACACAGCGAGAACACUGGCUGAACAAUUCGAUGAAACACAGUCGAAAUCACUUAAACUUGCUUUUACAAUAAAAAAAAGAAAGAAUAAUACGAAAGAAAACA